GUUGCCAAGGAGUGGGAGCCUCACAAUCAGGCUGCAAUGGGCAUUGUCACUGCACAAUGCUUAUUUAUUCUGCUGCUGUCUAUAAGGCACUGGGGUCUGGCCCGGCCUUGGCCUCCCUGCCUCUUCUGCCCAUUAAGCAGUCAAAGAGCAGAAAGUCCUCAUAACCCUGUGCACCUGGGCCUGUUCCCUGAAGCGAUGGCCCGCAUCUUCGACCUGGAGCCAUGGGACAAAAGUUGCACUCACUUGUGCACCCGCCCAGCCAUCCCACUCUCGCUGGAGCCUCGGCGGCGCAGGCAGCUGGCCGGCGUGAAGCAGCAGCUCUACAACCCAGCCCUGCCCAGCCUGCGCCGCAUGGACAUAGACACCGUCAAGGGCUGCCUGCCGGAUGAGCACUGCCAGACCACCACCUACUGCCGCAAAGAUGAGUUUGACAACGCCCAUUUCACGCUCCUUGGGGUCCCCAACAAACCCCUGCAGUGCUUGGACAUCACGGCGACCGGCCGGAAGCUCCGCCGCAGGUACUGCGAGGGGAAGCUGGCGCCCCUGGCGCCGGGCAUCAACCGCGUCGACUGGCCCUGCUUCACGCGCGCCAUUGAGGACUGGUCCCGCCUGGUGUCCUCGGCCGGGGAGUUCAAGUUACCCUGCCUAAACAAGAGGGUCGAGGGUUUCAGCGGCUACGCGGUGCGGUACUUGAAGCCCGAAGUGACCCAGAGCUGGCGGUACUGCCUCAACCGGAACCCCAGCCUGGACCGCUACGGACAGAAGCCCAUGCCUUUUGAGUCCUUGAAUACCUUCCGCCGCUUCAGCUCCCACUACAGUCAUGUCAACUACCUGACCCCCUGGCAUUAAUCUGUGGAAAGGAGGCUGACCUCCAGGCUGCUGGACUGUGCCACCUCAGGUGCCCUGGCCGGACAGAGGGCAUAUAGUGGCACCACCCAUCUCCCCAGGAAUUUAUCCUAACUAGAAAUAAACCUAAUGCUCUCUCAGGUGUA